AUGUGGCUAACGGCCGUUCGUGGAAAGGACUGGCCCCCUCCCCAACCUGCGCUGCAGCCACACUCAGGGUCAGAAGAAGAGCCUCAAGAGGACCAGACUCUGCUGCACCGCGAUGCUGGGACGCUGGGACGCCUCCCCGGGGGCAGGGGAUGGCGGGAGGGGCAGGAGGAAGCCCUGGCGCAGAGGGGGAUGGUGCCCCUGGAAGACCCUGAGUGGCCUGUGGUCAGACCACCAUUUGGAGAGAUUUAA